AAGAAAGAAAAUGCCACAGCUGAAUAACAUAAAUUGUCCAUCAAACUUCUCAUCAGACAGCAAUGUAACAUGCAGCAGCAUGCAGCUAAAUGCAUACAGUAUUGCUUUGAUCGCCAUGUACAGUGCUGUCCUUAUAGGAGGCAUCACAGGUGCAAUACUCAUGAUCUGCAUCCUGAAAUCAAACAUAAAGUCUGUGACGACAACUGCUGUCUUAAAUCUUAUUGCCAUACAUGUCGUCUUCCUCCUGACUGUGCCUUUUCGGAUGUAUUAUUAUGCCAGCAAUAACUGGAGCUUGGGACCAGUCUUCUGCAAGGUGGUCAGUGCUAUGAUCCAUGCACACCUGUACAUAGCUUUUAUCUUUUAUGUGACUAUUUUGGUGAUCAGGUACCUCAUGUUUUUCCAGAAGUCAGGUAGGGUGGAAUUCUACAGAAAACUCCAUGCUUUGGGCUAUAGUGCGGCAGUGUGGGCAGUCAUUCUCAUUAUUGUUUUGCCAGCCUAUCUUUCCCAGUAUGGUAAUUCCAAACAUUAUUGCAAUACAACAUGUUUCCACUUUCAAGGAGAGCUUGAGAAUUCAUGGGUGCGUAGCGUGAACUACACAGUGAUUGCCAUUGUGCUUACUACAGUCUCUGUAUUGUUCUGCUGCCAGCUGUACAUAUUAUGGAAAGUUGUAAGACAGCAUAGGGCUGGCUCGUUUGCUCACCAAGAGUUCUGGGCUCAGAUAAAAAGCUUGUCCUUUGUGUUGGUCAUGAUAAUCUGUUUUGUUCCAUACCACAUGUUUAGGAUCUAUUAUCUACAACAUGUCAAUGACAGCACCUAUCUGUACCAGCAAAAUGAGGUCUAUCUGGCCCUCACUGCUCUCAGUUGCUUUGAUCUGUUGACCUUUUUAGGAAGAGGCUCUUAUUUGUACUGCCCUUGCACUUCAGUAAAAAGCAUAUUUCCUUGCUGCUGAAUCCAUACCCGAUCAAAUGUGGGUGAAGCAUAUUAACAAGGUACCUAUGGUUCUGGCCUAACAUGGACCUUAGCAGCACCUACAUAUGCUCUUGUUCACAAAAGUGGUCAGUGAACAAAAGCAUAUGUCUGGAAUGAAAGCCUACAGUCCUAAUGCAGAAAGCAAUAUUAAACAGUCAUUGAGUACUACUAGCACUCAUGAGACCCUUUAGGUCAAACCAAAGCUCUACUGAAGAGUUUUAAUGAGUGGAGGAAAUACAACCUUUCCCAUGAUAUUCAGUUAGUAAAGAAAAAAGACAAAAUGGUAAAAACAUUAUAAAUUAAUAGGCAGCUGCGAUUAGAAAUACAUCCUUACCAUUAGAUGAAAAAAACUGCUCUUGAGAUGUUCAAGUAUAACAUCAAGCAAACCACAUUAGCAAAUCUCCUUCAUAGAACAUGUUAACUGGAGCUGGAAACAUUCAAAUCACCUCUAUGAGAACAUGCUAACUGGAGCUGGAAACAUUCAAAUCACCUCCAUGAGAACAUGCUAACUGGAGCUGGAAACAUUCAAAUCACCUCCAUGAGAACAUGCUAACUGGAGCUGGAAACAUUCAAAUCACCUCCAUGAGAACAUGCUAACUGGAGCUGGAAACAUUCAAAUCACCUCCAUGAGAACAUGCUAACUGGAGCUGGAAACAUUCAAAUCACCUCCAUGAGAACAUGCUAACUGGAGCUGGAAACAUUCCAGUUCAGAGCACUUUGAUCUCACAGGAUCAUCCCCCUGCUGCCGUGAGGUACCUGGAGUUAUUUCAGAUGUAACACUUGCUGCCUGCACACCUGCUGUAUCAAUUAUCUCUGUUUGCAGUAGGCACAAUAACAGUAUGUACCAAUAUACAAUAUUCUAUGGUUCCUCAGCCAGGAUACCGGAUAGCACUGGGGACCUCGAGUCAAGAAAGCCUCUGUUCCAAGGAUCAUAUACAGAACAUGUUUAGUAAUGUAAAUAAAUAACAUUAAAGUAACCCCUCCUUUCAGGUGUUAUUUUUAAUUUUUAAAAAUGUACAUGCAUAAAGAGUUAAUUGAA